AUGGUGGAGGAGGAGGGAGGAAGAAGAGGAGGGAGGAGGAGAGAGUGGGAGGAGGAAGGAGACGGAGGAGAAGAGAGGAGAUUCUGGGUGGUGGAGGAGGUGGGAGGUGGAGGUGAGGUGGAAGAGGAGGGAGAGAUAGAGAGAGAGAGAGAGAGAGAGAGAGAGAGAGAGAGAGCUGCUAAAUUUGUCAAGAAAUUCAAGACAAUACUGUCGUGUGAAAGACAGUUGUUUGAUACUGUUUUAGAAAACCAGCAGGUUUCAGUAAAAAGUGUAGUUGAAACGUAUCGUAAAGUUUUCAUAGGACUACUGGCAAUUUUAGAUUCUCUGGAAUUGUCUUCGAAAAAUAUUAGAGAAUACAUACUUGUUAAAAUGCGUGGUUCUACUUUGAUGAAAAAGAAUGAAAAUGACCGCAGUAAGGCGUUUGACAGUAUCUAUCGCAAUGGUUUAUGGUACAAACUACAUCAGUUAGGUAUUACUGGUAACACUUUAAGAAUUAUCCGUGAUAUGUAUUCCAAGGUGAAAGCUUGUAUAAGAGGUUACACAAAAUGUGUUUGCGGUAAUACUUGUGAUUGUGAGAUGGUUAAGGAUAUACUGACCGAUGAAAUGUUUGAUCUAAAGGCUGAAAAUAAACAACUCGAGUCUAGAAUUGAAAAGAUGGAAUUGAUGAUGCAGACAAAGACUUUAGGAUCGUACCAAGCAGCCGAAAAAGUGUGUAGCGUUUUGUCACGACUUUCUAAGGGUCUGCCUCUGUCUCAGAGAGGAAAAGAGAUAGAGAAAGAGAAGAGAGAGGGGGAAAAGAGAAGAGAGAGAAAGAGUGGAACACACCAUACUGACAUAAUUCUAUUUGGGAUUCUAGAUGGGCCUAUAUUUUUUUCAGCGGAAUGCGAACCAACCUGCACUAACGGAGGCGUGUGCUUCAAAGACAACACAUUUUUUUGUGAAGACAAAUGCUACGAGAACGGAGGAAAAUGCGUAGGUCCUGGAAAAUGUGAAUGUCCAGAAUACAGAAACGGAACUAGCUGUGGGCAAUUUUUUUGUGACAACAAAUGCUACGAGAACGGAGGAAAAUGCGUAGGUCCUGGAAAAUGUGAAUGUCCAGAAUACAGAAACGGAACUAGCUGUGGGCAAUUUUUUUGUGAAGACAAAUGCUACGAGAACGGAGGAAAAUGCCUAGGUCCUGGAAAAUGUGAAUGUCCAGAAUACAGAAACGGAACUAGCUGUGGGCAAUUUUUUUGUGAAGACAAAUGCUACGAGAACGGAGGAAAAUGCGUAGGUCCUGGAAAAUGUGAAUGUCCAGAAUACAGAAACGGAACUAGCUGUGGGCAAUUUUUUUGUGAAGACAAAUGCUACGAGAACGGAGGAAAAUGCCUAGGUCCUGGAAAAUGUGAAUGUCCAGAAUACAGAAACGGAACUAGCUGUGGGCAAUUUUUUUGUGAAGACAAAUGCUACGAGAACGGAGGAAAAUGCCUAGGUCCUGGAAAAUGUGAAUGUCCAGAAUACAGAAACGGAACUAGCUGUGGGCAAUUUUUUUGUGACGACAAAUGCUACGUUAACGGAGGGAAAUGCGUAGUUCCUGGCAAAUGUGAAUGUCCAGAAAACAGAAACGGAACUAACUGUGAGGAAUAUCUUUGUGGAUCGGAUAAAUUCAAGUGCUCUUCCGACAAGUGUAUAAAUAAGUCCUGGAGAUGUGACGGUGACAACGAUUGUGGCGACGGCUCUGACGAAUCCAACUGCCAUUUGUAUGAUUGUGGAUCGAAUAGAUUGAAGUGUUCUUCCAACAAGUGUAUAUAUAAGUCAUUGAGAUGUGACGGUGACAACAAUUGUGGCGACGGCUCUGACGAAUCCAACUGCCAUCUGUGUCAAUCGAAUGCAUGGAAGUGUUCUUCCGACAAGUGUAUACCUGAGUACUGGAGAUGUGACGGUGACAACGAUUGUGGCGACGGCUCUGACGAAUCCAACUGCCAUGCCUGGUGGAGUUGAGUUCCAGUGUAUAAGUGGGAACCAGUGUAUUUCAAUACCAGCAUACUAGUGUGACAAGGAUGUUGACUGUCGUGAUAGAACACACCAGCUUUAGUUAUAUUUAGAAGAUACCUAUUUUUAAGAAGCAGCUAUUUUCAAUAUUAAUUUACGUGCAUAUUUCAUUUCGGUGCAUAACGUCACUUGUGACGUAACUUUAAUGUAUGUUGUCGUCUUAAAAUUAAAAUUGUUAAUGGUAAUGUUUUAGUUAUUUUACUUUGUCUAUAGAACACAUUUGUAUCACUUUUAUGAUAAGUUCAGAUUCGUAUGUAAGAAAAAAAUAUAUCAAGAAAUACACAAAAUACAAAUUUGUCUCACAAAAUAUCAACUGCAGAACCCGUGCAUAUUUAUCGAUAUAAUCUAGUUACCUGUUAGUAUCUACAGUAAAUCAUCGAUAUAGUGAUUUCGUUGAGAAUUUGUAUAAUUGAGAUUGGCUAUAUUAUAUAUUGAAGCUUGCUAAAAAUUGGAAAGUCAAGAAAGUUAUUUGAAAAGGGUAUAUGUACUACCGACCACAAUUAUAAAAUAUUACUGGAUCUUUACUUUGAUUUACGAAAUUCGACAUUAUUAGAAGACAAUUACUAUACUGAUACCACUCAUGUAAUGACAUGAGGAAUGGUAAGCAGUUGACACAUGAUGACACAUUCAUACUCCAUGUUUUAUGCUGUUUUAUUUUUGAUCUUUAAAGACUAGCUUUGAAGCAUGGAGCAGAAUUGAGAAAUGAAUUAAUUUAAGAAAAAUGAACUAUUCUUCUAAACUGUGCAUCUACAGAGAGAUUUUAGGAAUUAAUUGAUUCCUGAUUCUUUCAGGCUUUGAAAUGAAUAAAUUACGUUUAGAGAACAAUGUACCUUCUGCUUUAUGUUAUGAAAAUACACUAUACGAUCAACUAAUGGAGCACGCUAUUUGAAUUCAAUCUUUUUAAGCACACAAUUCAAAGUGCAAUAUAACAGUACCAAAAAUAAGAACGUAUAUAACAUUUAAACAAGUGCUAAGAUGUGAGGAUUAUGUAUUAGUUGUUUCAAUACUUACAAAUUUUGUCAGUCAAUUACGCGAUUACGAGUUUCUUCUCAUAGGCUACAGAUUGAGGCCGGAAGAUGGUCUAGACAUCUAUACAUGAGAGAAAAUGUUUUGUAUGUCAAACAAUUGAAGACGAAUACCAUUUUAUAAUAGAGUGUCAAAUAUAUAAGGACUUAAGAAAACAAUUCAUACCAAAAAAUACUGGCACAGACCGAAUAUCUUCAAAUUCAUAGAACUUUUAAUUAAAACAUUUUUGCUUUCAUCUUCAAAGAAGCAUCUAAAAUGACUUUUGUUUUAAGUAUCUAUUUUUGUUAUAUAAUAAGGAAACUCUUACGUUUUCGGUUUGCAGUAAGAGUUACCAAAAAUUCUGAAAAAAACAAAAACAACACACACUUGGAAUUGUACUAUCUCGUAGGAAUGAAACUCACUCAGUUAACCUUCGUCUUUUGUCUGCUUUCGUGCAAGGUUAAAUUUUCUGUUUUGUUUCGUUCCGUUCUGUUUCUAGUUGCAUAACAUAUUUUAUUAUAUUAUAUAUGUGACAUAAUUAUAUGUAUAGACAUAUGUAGAAUUUUGAAUGUUAUUUUCUACAUAUUAUUUUUAAUUAUAUACUUAACAAAUAAUCAAGGCCUUCGAGUUGUUUAUCGUCUGAUUUACCACGGUUCGUAGGAAUUGAAAUACUGAAGCAUCUGACCGAUGAACCGUGGUAAAUUAGACGAUAAAUAACAAGAAGGCCUUGAUUGUUUUCAUUCUGACAUGCUCAUUGAUAUAUUUUAAUAGAUAUUAUACUGGACUUCGUUUACGCGAGGAGUAAUGUAUCGAACGUCAUGUUGCAAUAUGACGUCAUAAUUGACGUCAUAAUGCUCUCUUACCGGUUCGUGCGUCAACCGUUGUUUAUCGCAGAAUAUAUAGAGCUUGAUUUUCUUCUUUGCUUAACUGGAAAUCAAAUCGAGCCAUGUUAGAAUGUAAUAUAUAUUGAUAUGUGUCACAGAUAUAACGGUAUAGACAGGUGUAAUAUGUGGUAGUUUUGUUUUCCAUGUAAAUGUGUACAUUAUAUACCGAUAACAAAUUUCUAUUUCUCAAGAAAGUAUUACAGAACUUUGAUAAUGUCAGAAAUAUCUGGGAGUGUUUAUUGCCACGAGUGUCAAAUCAUUUUUAACAAGUUACAAUCGAGUAAAUUUAUGCAUUACUAUUUUGCAGUACAUGCUGGAAACUAGUCUAGUAUUUAGUGAAAACCAUAACAACAACAACGUUUGCAACAUUUUGAUAUUUAAAUAGAGUCACGCAUAUUAUCAUUAGUGAAAAUGUCAGAGGACAGAAUUUUCUCAUAGUUACUUCUGACCUUUUCCGUAACAGUAUGUUUAAUUCCAUUCUAAAAAGAUAUUUUACAUUGUAAAAUGUUCACCACUGUUUCGCUAUAUCUUGUAUUAUGUAAAUUGUAAGUCAUCAUGGAUUUUGUAGCCUAUAUGAAAGUAAUAAAGUUAUCUAUCUAUC